AUGUCCUUUAGGAAUAAUUCCAACAGAUAUCAAAGGCCCUGGAGGGGUCGGGGAUUUUCAAGGGGCUUCAGAGGUUCCCGUAGACCGUAUAUGCAUAAUUCUGGUAACAAUCGUAGUUAUGAUAGAACGUCGGUAAAAGCGUUGACUGAGAAAGACAUCAGUGUGACUGAAUACUUGAGCCAGCAUGAAGGAUUUAAUGGGAUCAUUAAAUCGAGAUUUUCAGACUUCCAAGUGUCGGAAAUAAAUCAGAAUGGUGAGAUUGCUAAGCUGACAGAUUUGGCACCUCCAAAGGCUCCUGAAGAUGAAGAACCAAUGGAUGAUGAGGAUCUAUUACUGAAUAAGUAUAACUUGGAGAUCCUUCCAAUGGAGACAUGGGACAGAAUAAAUAAAAUGACUCUGUGUAGUGGUACAUCCUUGGAGGAUAUUGUAGAAAUCGAUGUAACUGGUAAGUCUAAAGAAGAACGUACAACGAUUCAUGAUGCGGUCAAGAAAGCAUUUGGAGAUAGCAUAGUUGGUAAAACUGUUACGAGAGAUGAAAAGAAAUAUUGUACUUUUGAAAAGUAUAGGAAAGGAGCUCGAAUAGAUAACAGAAUCAAGUGGGUUUGGCCAGAAGAGUAUCUACAUUUUAUUCUUUAUAAGGAAAAUUGUGACACAAUGGAGGCUGCAUCUCGAAUUAUUAAGAGGCUAAGAAUGAAUGCGAGCAUAAAGACAGCCGUAAUAGGCUACGCGGGCACGAAGGAUCGCCGUGCUAAGACCUCACAGUGGUUCAGUCUUCGAAAAGUGGAUCCUCGCAAGUUGAUCAGCGCUUGCACAUCUCUGCCAGACAUAAGUGUCGGAAAUUUUACAUUCAGUGCUACGCAUCUUAAAUUGGGCAUGCUUAAAGGAAACAGAUUCCGUAUCUGCCUGCGUAACGUGACUGCUUCAGAUAAAACUAUAGACAACUGCUGCUCCCUGCUGCGAGACAACGGAUUCAUUAAUUAUUAUGGGCUGCAAAGGUUCGGGUCGAGAAUCAGUGUGCCCACAUCCCAGAUUGGUCUAUAUCUGCUGAAGAGUAACUUUGAGGAAGCUAUCAAAUGCAUAUUGGAGCCCCGUCCGGGGCCCCUGUACGACGCCCUUAUAGAGUUUAGGAAUCGCGGGCCGUACGCGGCGAAAGCGAUGUUGCCGCAUCGCGCUGACCACUGUUCCGCGGAAAUGAGACUUUUGACCGCGCUCGCGAGUCAGUCGAGGGAUCUUGCGCAGGCGCUGGAUAAGGUGCCUCGUAAUACACGGCUGCUUUAUCUGCAUUCGUACCAGUCUCUUAUUUGGAACAAGGUUGUCUCAAUGCGCCUGCGCAGUUUGUCACAUGCGCCGGCCGUUGGUGAUCUAGUGCCAGUAGACGAUAUAGAGGAAGAAACGGUUGAAUUAGAAGAAAAUCUCAUCGAAGACGAUAGCGAAGUGAAACCACCCGAGAUAAACACACCGAAAAGCAUACCACAAGUAAAAACUCUGACCCAAGAGGACAUAGAUAGCGGCAAAUAUACCAUUUUCGAUAUAGUGUUGCCACUUCCCGGCCACAGCGUAGUCUACCCGCCCAACAUGAAGGAGCACUACCAAGAGUUACUUACGAAGGAUGGACUUUCAUUGGACCUGAAGCAUAAAAACAAGUCGUACAGUCUGUGCGGGGGCUAUCGCCACAUCGCUGUGAAGCCAGACAAAAUGUCAUGGCGCACAGUACAAUAUACAGAACCACACACGGACUUAAUACUAUCCGAUUUAGAUCUAAUCAAUGGUGUUACGUCGACUGGAGAAGUUGAAGGAGGCAAAUACAAGGCACUAUUAUUGGAUAUAACGUUACCGACCAGCUGCUAUGCAACAAUGGCUCUCCGAGAACUCAUGCGAGUGGACACCUCAACAGAAACGCAAGCGAAACAGAAUGACUACUAUAAAGAAGACGGCGAUGUUAAAAAUGAAGCGAACGCCACUGACGCAAAUGUCACUGAUACAAGUGACGCGAAUGCUAAUAUAAGUGACGCAAAUAUCGUUGAUAAUGCUGCAGAGAAGAGGAAAGGCGAGGAUACUGAUUCGCCUGAUACGAAAAAAGCGAAAGUGUGCUAG